GAUCUCCUAUCUCUCUGUGUGUAUAUAUCCAGCUGCCUAGUGUGCUCCACUGUCUUCUCCAAGAGCUGAAGAGCACAACAACAAUGGCGCCUGAUCUGAACCCCUCUCCAGAACUCAAGCAUGUCCUCCUAUGGUCAGUGCCUCUACUCAUCAUAGCUCCCACGGUAAUCUUCUUGUACAUGCAAGCCGUUGGCAAGAAGAAGAAGAACACCAUCCGUCUUCCUCCGAGUCCACUGAGGCUGCCAAUCAUAGGGCAUCUGCACCUGAUGGUGCACGAGCCCCACCGGUCGCUGCAGAGGCUGGCCCGCAGCCUAGGCCCCGUCGUCCACCUGCAGCUUGGCGGCGUCGCGGCCAUCGUGGUGUCGUCGCCGGAGGCUGCCAAGGAGGUGCUCAAGACGCAUGAUGUCCAUUGCUGCAGCCGACCCUCUUCACCAGGUGCAAAAUUGAUCACCUACGGCAACCAAGACAUCGCGUUCUCGCCGUACAACGCAAGCUGGCGCGAGAGGCGCAAGCUGUUCGUCUCGGAGCUCGUAAGCAGCAAACGCGUCCAGUCUUUCGCUUACGCACUACAAGCUCAGGUCGGCGAGCUGAUCCAAUCACUCUCACUACGGUCUCCGCCGAGGGAGCCCGUCAACCUCAACGAGACCCUCUUCACGCUCAUCGACGGCUUCAUCGGCACGGUGGCGUUCGGGAGCAUGAAGGGCGCCAAGCUCAUGAAGUACGCCAAGUUCCAGCAGGUGUUCAGCGAGGCCAUGGUCGCCCUCUCUGCCUUCUCUGCACAGGACUUCUUCCCGGCAUCGCGGAUGAGCCGGUGGUUCGAUAAGCUCGUGGGGCUGGAGGCGCGAUACCAGAGGAUAUUCCUGGAGCUGGACUCCUACUUCGAAAUGGUACUCAGCCAGCAUAUGGAUCCUGGGAGGGUGAAGACUGACAAAGAUGACCUUGUGGAUGUGUUGAUCAGUCUAUGGAAGGGGCAAGGGAAGGUCACAAAGGACCACCUCAAGGCUCUUCUAAUGGAUGCAUUUAUCGGUGGCACGACGACGAGCUCGGUGACAUUGUUGUGGGCUAUGUCUGAAUUGAUCAAGAAUCCGACGGUGAUGAAGAAGGCACAAACAGAGAUAAGGAGUUUGGUUGGCGACAAACGGAGACUAGUGCAGGUCGACGACCUCUCUAAACUCAACUACCUGAAAAUGAUCGUCAAAGAAACACUACGACUGCACCCGCCGGCGCCACUGCUUGUCCCUAGGGAGACCAUGGACCAUGUGAAGGUCCUUGGGUACGACAUCCCGACGAAGACAAGGAUCUUCGUGAACGUGUGGGCUAUGGGGAGGGACCCUGCCUGCUGGGACAAACCUGAGGAGUUUUACCCGGAGAGGUUUGACGGCGUCGACACUGAUUUCUAUGGAUCGCACUAUGAGCUCCUUCCAUUUGGCGCCGGGCGGCGGAUCUGCCCUGCUAUCCCCAUGGGCGCCACCAUCGUGGAGUUCACGCUUGCUAGCUUGCUGCAUUCGUUCGACUGGGAGUUGCCUGACGGCAUGACGAAAGAAGACGUGAGCAUGGAAGGGACUGGCAGACAGAUUUUCUGUAGGAAGACUCCCCUGUAUCUUGUUCCAUCUUUUUAUACUGGCUAAGGCAUGAAUUUAUACUGUGAAACUACAAUUUACAUCUUCGAAUGGAGAUAUCAGUAUUUUGCUC